UAAAUAUUUCCUCAUUUUCUUAUGUUCAUGCUUUAAAGUUGCACAUUUUUUACCUGAAAUAUCGAUGGCAAGUUUUUUGGCACCUACUGAGUGGAGUUUCUAGCUGUUUGGAGAGGGUUGCUCGAAUUUCGAUAGGAGAAAACUUACAUUUACAGAGGCAAUCACGAGUUUAAAGGAUCUUGCAGAAGUAGGGUUGCAGAGAGAAGAGGAUAGGAUUUGGCUUUAUGCCACCCAAGUUCAUUUGCUUCAAAAUUUAUAAAGAAUUUUCAACAAAUCCAUUUGUGUAUACUCUGCAACUUUGGCACACCACUUCUUUACAUGGUUGCCAAUGACAGCAGUAGGUGCAUUGUUGAUGGACAAAUUUCUCUAGAUUGUUGCAGGAGGAAUGAGUAUCAGUUGCUUUAUUGUUGGAUUGUCAUUCUACAUAUCGAUUUUUGUAGCAGGAAAGAUAAAUCUUCUGGGCGAAGUGGUCAAAAAAAUGGUGCCAUCAUGGAGUAAUUCGACAUCUCGAAGCUCAAUUUCGCCUGAUCGAUCAUCAUACAACAGCAUUUCAGUAGUUGUUUCUGAGGACGAUUCAGAUGAGGCCGCCUCGAAAAUGAGAUUUAAAGUGAAAAGAAAGAGAAGAUACGAGCGGCCCAGCUUACAGUUCAGGACUCUCAGAAAGAUAUGGAAAUGCUGGAUUCUUUUGCUGCUUCUGCCUGUGGUUGGGCUCUUCUUUUUUGUGCUCAUCAAAACCUCGCAUCGCCAGAAUACAUCAUCAGAUAUUUUGUCUUCAAAUAGAAGCCAAGGACGGAUACGCGGCGGGAAAGAAAUGGAGAAGGCGGAGAAGGAGGGAGAGAGCAAUUUAAAUCGUCUGGACAUGCCUACACGAUCUGUGAAUGGCGUUAGAGUGCCUUGUUUGAAGCUUCUACCUUUAGAGGACAUCGAACAGUUGGAGUUGCCUUUUGCGCAGACAGGUGGUAGUCCCAUUAGAAACAUAGCCUAUGAGGUCUUGGAGAGUACAACAGAUGGAGACAAUUCAACAUAUUUAAAGCAAUCAGAGACAGAAAGCCAAAAUUUCAACCUGUUCACAGGGUAUCAAACACUCCAAGAAAGACAAGAAAGUUUUAAGGUAAGAGAGACAAUGACUGUACACUGUGCUUUCUGUAGCGACCAUGGAGGUUUUGAUAUUGAUUCUGAAGAUAAAAUAUUUAUGAAUAGUUGCAAAGCUGUUGUGUCCACAUGUACCUUUGGUGGAGGUGAUGAUCUAUACCAACCUAUUGGCAUGUCUCAGGCAUCAUUAAGAAAGGUCUGCUAUGUGGCUUUUUGGGAUGAAAUCACUUUGUUGGAACAAGAAAAAGAAGGAAAGAAGCUUAGUGACAACCGCACAAUUGGACUAUGGCAUAUUGUUGUUGUUCGCAACCUUCCUUUUACAGAUCAGAGACUGAAUGGUAAAAUUCCAAAGAUGCUAAGCCAUCGACUUUUUCCUCAAGCUAGAUACUCUAUCUGGGUGGAUUCUAAGUCUCAGUUCCGGAGAGAUCCAAUUGGUGUAUUUGAGGCACUACUUUGGCGUACAAACUCUGUACUUGCUAUUUCAGAGCAUGGUGCUCGGAGUUGUGUUUAUGAUGAGGGAAAUGCAAUAGUUAAAAAGAACAAAGCUACUCCAGAGGAAGUACAUAGACAACUAACCCAAUAUCGUCUUGAUGGGUUUCCAAAAGAUGCUCGAUUUGGUGGCCACAAAGCUCUUGCCGAAGCCUCUGUUAUUGUGAGGGAGCACACACCGAUAACAAAUUUAUUAAUGUGUCUUUGGUUCAAUGAGGUGGUCCGAUUCACUUCAAGGGAUCAAUUAAGUUUCCCAUUUGUCUUGAAACAUUUACCAACAUUGCAAAUCAACAUGUUUCCUGUUUGUACUCGUAGGGCACUUGUAAACAGCAUGGGUCAUAAACAUAAAGCAAAGCCAUUGAUACGACAAGCUUAAGUUGUAUAGCCUUUUAAAUAUCUUGUGUGUUGCUUGAAAUCAUCUUAACUUUAAUGUCAGAUGCUUGGUGCUUUUCGCAAGCUUCACUUUAGCACAUGAUUUUAUAGUGGUGUAAACGUGAAGGUGAAUUUUAAGGUGAUCUUCAUGUUGCAUUCAGCAAUUCUUUGAUCUUUGUGCAGAAAAUGCAUAACAUGGCGAACGAACACAGGAGAAAUUUGUAUUGAAAUUCCUUGAGUAAAAAAAUGUAUAUUUAAAUUUUGUACUUUUUUAUAUUGAUGUAGACAUGAAGGCGACCUUCCUGUUGCAGUUCAGAAAUUCUUUGAUCAUUGUGCACAAAAUGCAUAUUACAUGGUGAAGGGCAAACACAGUAGAAUUUUGGUUAAAAUUCCUUAAAAAAUGUAUAUUUUACCUUUUUUCACUGCAUUUCCAAAUCAGCAAUUUGAGCAUUUCCAAAUUCCAAA